CCCUGCCUGUCCCGUCCUUACCGGGCAGCGCUCCCCCGCUCUCGUCCUCUCUGCCAGGCCAGGCCCUCUGCCCCGGGAUGCCUCCCAACCUCACUGGCUAUUACCGCUUCGUCUCCCAGGAGAAUAUGGACAAUUACCUGCGGGCUUUAGAUAUCAACGUGGUCCUGCGGAAACUGGUUUGCCUCCUGAAGCCUGAUAAAGAGAUCAUCCAUACAGGAGAUCAUAUGAUCAUCCGCACGAUCACCUCCCUGCGAGACUAUGUUAUGGAUUUUGACCUGGGAGUCCAGUUCGAGGAGGACCUGGGACCAGUAGAUGGACGCAAGUGCCAGACAACUGUCUCCUGGGAAGGUGAUCAGCUGGUGUGUGAGCAGCUAGGAGAGAAGAGGAACAGAGGCUGGAGGCACUGGCUGGAGGGGGACCGGCUGCAUCUGCGCAUGACGGCUGAGGACGAGGUUUGUGUUCAGGUCUUCCAGAAAGUGAAGUGACCGCUUCUCCCGGCCCAACCGCACUGUCGGCAGGAGCAGCCCAGGCUGAAUCCUUGCUUUCGAGAGCAAACUCCCCUCGGAUUAAAAAACAAGCAAGAUGCAAGUGGGCCGAGA